GCCAGAAACAGCGGUAGAGGUGAGGCACAUCCGGCUGGCACUCAGGAUACGUUCACUCGCCACAGUUAGUCCGUUGAUCGUUGAAAUCUGUGCCAUUGGUGUCACGUCUGCCGCAGGGCUGAUACUGCAAACUUUGUCGGACCUUGUAGUGAAAAAUCGCAGUGAAUAUUAGUGUUUUGUCUGCAAGAAAGUGCCUACACUCGCUUCGGUAUCUAUUUAUUUAAGACAGACAUGCAGUGCCUGACAUACAUCUUGACUAUACUUUUCGCAAAUGCAAUAUAUGGUAAUGGAAUUACGGUGACAAGUACCAUAAAGAAGAACUUGACCCUCGUGAGCUCACAGUCCGGCCGCCAGAAGAGAUCUUCCUGCGAGCCUGAUGUUGCCAUAGCCUCGGAGACACAGGUUCAAGUACUGAAGACGGGGAAAGACGAGGUCGUCCUUUAUACCCGUCAAAAGAAUCUGAAGUACAUCGAUGUUAAGCUCACGUUCACCUUCGGGCAAGAGAUCAGACGAUUUUCAACCGAGAGGUGCGUCACUGACCCCUCGUGUUGGCAAGCGGUCAGAGUUCGUGCCCUCAGGAACCCCAAUGGCGUGGAGGCAUCGAAAUGGGCAGUCGAACUCAGCCUCGGGUCCUGUUCCUUUUACGAGACCUAUUCGCACCUGUACUGGGUCAACACCCUCUACAGCAUGGGUAUUUUGGCCCAGGGUUCCUCGGAAUGGUACUUCACACUGAGGGGCCUAGGCUGCCCGACCCACGUGAACCCUACCCACUGCCCUCCUGUUGGGAACUUGGAUCUGAAUCUCCACGUCGCUGGGGCGGAGGGAGCGGCCUCUACCGGCAUCGGGAUCGGCGCUGCUUGUCUCUUGUUGUUAAUCAACGUCCUCGUCAUCAUGUUACUGUACAAAAGACUCAGGGCACGUUCAGAAUCCAGUUUGCAGUUGACGCAGAUCGGUGUAGAAGAUGACGGCAGCAUAGUGAGUAGACAUGCUCCAUCGCGAUCGGGGGAAGGUAACCUGUACCUCCCUCCUUGCCCAAGAACCACGGUCGGCCCUUACCCAGUAACCAAUCCACCUAGACGAUACCCAGAGCCUCCUUUGAUACCUGUCGGCAACGCUGAAGGCCCAGGCUACCUGUACGUCGCCAUACCCAACGUCAGGCCCCAGUGCCCAACGUCUUCGUGCCCGAGACGACCAAGGCCUUUCUUAGAAAACGGCUCUCAAAGCAUGUAUGAUGACGUAAACAAAGAAUGCGGUCAGGGUCAGUACGAUGACGUGAACGAAGAUUGCAUGCAAGUCCAGCCCUGUGUCUUGUACAGUAACACCGUCAUCGAGCGGCCGGCGGGAAAACCCACUCCACGUUUUCAACAGACUGAGAGUAACCAUUACAUUGACCUGACUGGAGAGUGAGGCUGGGACGGUUUAACACAUCUUACCAAAUAUGGUAAAAGUAACAUCACUGUUCUUAGAUUACUGUAUUCACGACAAACAUGAUGAGGCCAUUUCAAUGACGGUAAUAAUAGUAGGAGCUUUGAUAAUAGUGAUGAUGGUGAUAGUAAUAGUAUUACUGGUAAUUACAGCUAUGAUGAUAUUGAUAAUAUAAUUAUGAUAAUAAACAUGGCAACAAAA